AUGGCGACUAUCGAAGAGCUUGAUCUCACUGACAGCGGAAUGGGUAGCAGUGAUAUUCGUUCUCCAGAAGUUAAAUCCAUCCUGCCUGAUGAAGAGGAGGAAGAUGAUGAAAGUCUUACGGAAAGACUUAUUGGGUUGACAGAAAUGUUUCCAGAAGAAAUUCGUAAUUUCGGGUAUAAUUUAGGAUCUUGUUUAACAUCUCGUCUCAAAGCACUCUACAAGUUUUCUUGCUCCGCAACGUGGAUAAUGUUCAGCACUUCAGCAAUUAUAUUUGCUCCAAUAAUAAUCGAAAUUGAAAGAGCCCAAAUGGAGGAGAUGCAACGCUCACAGCAGAAACAAGCACUUCUGGGACCGAGUGCUGCAAUGCAUAUGGGCCCUGGAAUGGGCAUGGGACCUCCAGUCCAACGAUAA